UCAUGCUCUCUCUCUCCUCUCCACAUUUCCUGUCUCUCUUCAGCUGUCAUAUCCAAUUUCAGGAUCUUUAUUCUUUUCCACCCAUUGUUAAAAAUGUAAUCUUCUCCCAUGUAGUCUCACUAAGCUGUCUCUCUGGGUGUCAUAGCGCGGCUCUGCCAGCAGGUGGCGCCUGCGCAGAGAGCGCUGCUCCUCCUCUCUGAGAGUCUGUUCAGCAUCUUCUAUCUGCUCUCCUCACUCGGUGCAGUCAGCCCGCUGCGUGGACUCAGUCGAUGCUUUCUAGUUCAGAAGUGUUUGUUUGACAUUUUCAGAGCUGAGUUUGGAUUUAAAUCAUGGAAGCAGAGAGAAAAUCCUCUCAGCUGUGCGGCUCCUCUGAGAGAACACAGGUGGACGGAGAGACGGAGACAUCAGCGGAGGACGUCGUUUCGAUGGCCGACUCCACGAUCACCGUCGAGGACAUCGAGGGAGAGCUGGGCAAAAUCGUGCGGAUACGAGACAUCCUGGUACGGAGAGAGUCAGAGCUCAGAUACAUGAUGGACGACAUCCAGCUCUGCAAGGAAAUCACCAGACUGAAGACGGAGCUGCAGAAACUCGUCUCCAUUCCAGACGGAGAGAAGUCGAGGGAGGACAGGGAGCGAGAGGACGAGCUGCUGCAGCAGAUCAACAAGCUGGUGGAGACCAGAGACUUCCUGGUGGACGACGUGGAGUUUGAACGUCUGAGGGAAAGAGAGGAGGACAGAGAAAUGGCCGCCUUCUUACACUCCAAAUUCCCAAAGAAGUUACCUGGAAAAGGCGCCGUCAGAGAUCAAAUUGUGGUGUCCAAAUCUCAGCAGACAUCGGCGCCGUUGAUCACAAGAACUGGACUGACAGUAAGAACUGGACUGACAGUGAUGAGAGACUGCUGCGGAUUCACCUGCUCCGUCAUGUGACACUGUGCUGUGUGUGUGUGUGUGUGUGUGUGUGUGUGU